GGGGCUUCUCAUGCUGUGCAUCACCGCGACCGGUGUUUUCGCGAGCCGAUACAUCACGACUGAAACGCUCAACGGCCACGUUAGGGGUGUCAUCGAGCACGUCGGUGGCGUUGACGUAGCGCGGUACCUGGGCAUCCCGUACGCAGAACCACCCGUCGGUGAGCUACGCUUCCGCAGGCCAGUGCCGGCCAAAUCGUGGCAUCCAACGACCCUAGACACGCUGAGCUUCGCCAGUCCUUGCGCCCAAGCCAACGGCUCUUUCCCGCCUUCUCCGUGGCUGGUAAAGAGGGACCAGGUCAGCGAAGACUGUCUCUAUCUGAACGUUUGGAGCCCGCUAGGUAGACCCAAACCACUCGGCGUCCUUUUCUGGGUCCACGGAGGGGGUUACAGGACCGGGACGGCCUCCCAAACCCUCUACGAUGGCAAGGCCUUGGCCGCCGUGGGGGACAUCGUCGUGGUGUCCAUCAACUACAGGGUCGGUUCUUUCGGCUUCCUCUACACCGGUCCGGGCUCGUCUAGCGGCAAUUACGCCCUCUGGGACCAGCAUCUCGGCCUUCUCUGGGUACGGCGCAACAUCGCUCGGUUCGGGGGCGACCCUGGCCGAGUCACCGUGUACGGUGAAAGCGCAGGAUCCAUCGGCAUCGGCGCGCAGCUCGUCGCGCCUCGCAACGCCGGUCUAAUUCACCGCGCCAUUAUGGCCAGCGGAAGCAACUACUGGCUCGUGCCGCCGCAAAACGCCGUGGGCCACGCGUACGCGGACCGCAUCGCCAAACACGUUGGCUGCCUGGAUGAUUCGAAGCCGUCGUCGAAGAAGAAUCCCAAGCAGGUGGUCGAGUGCCUCCGCUCGGCGCCCGUCGACAAGAUCAUCGACGCGGAAGAAACACAGUUUCCCUCAGAGAUAGUGACCUUCACGCCUUCACACGGUGACGAUUACCUUCCGCUGCCGGAGGUGGAUGCCAUAGCCAGGGGCCUGUUCAUCCCUCUGGAGAGCAUCCUCACAGGAGCGACGACCGAAGAAGGCGGCGUGUUCCUCUACUUCCGAGUCCCGUCCUUCAUAAACUUCACGUCGGCACCGGAGCUCACGAAGCAAGAGGUUGUAGACUUACUUUCACAGCGCUACCUAGGCUUCCUGCCCGAAGAGACGCGGUCGAUGAUCAUCGACGGUUACUUGCGCCGCGUACCCGAUGUCUCGGACUAUAGCGGGAACCUGAAAGCGCUGAUGGACAUUCUGGGCGACUACCUGGCCUUCUGCCCGACCAGGUUCUACGCUGAGGCGUUCGCCAAGACGAACCGUCCCGUGUACUUCUACAUGUACGACUACCGGUACGAACGCGGCUUCUGGCCGUCCUGGAUGGGCUCCACUCACUACGCAGACCUCCAGUUCACGUUCGGAAUGCCAUACCGAUUUCCCGAGCGCUACUCGGAUGCGGAUCGCGAGCACAGCAGAACUUGUAUGCAAGUUAUCGGCUCGUACGUCAACACAGGGUAUGCCCACGCUACGUUUUAUGUACACUUUCUUGAUUUCUUUACUUUUUCUUUUGCUUUUCUUUCUUUAUUUAUUGUUAACGCAAGAAUUGUGCAUUGAUAUCACUCCUUGAUUAAUCAGCUUUCUUUUUUUUUUGUAUUAUGCAUGUAAAUUUCACUUACCAUAUCAUAAUUUUUCUUGCCGUACGUCAGAAACCUGUUGUUGAAGUGACAUAG